AUGAAACUGUUAUCCACACAAUUAAAAAUCGUCCUCAAAAACUAUCAUCGUCUUGUGGAUUCACUUGAACCUCAUGAACAAUCAUUAUUGGAAGAAAACUUACGACAAUUAAAACGUCAUAUGCAAACAGGAACUCAACGUUUACCAUGGACAUCAACAAAUCAUGAUAAAUUUAUUACAGUCAUAUCAGAACUUAUUUCCAAACUUGAUUCAACAAUAAAUCAAAUAAAAAAGAAUUCACAAGAUAUUCAUGUAUUUCUUGAUGAAAUUCGUCAAUGCAAUCUCUUUCGUGAACCACCACCGAAUCCUGAUGGUUCACUUGUAUAUUGCAAAGAAUAUUUUGAAUUUGUUGAAAGUCGUCGACGACAAGAUGCAAUUGAGUUACAGAAAAAAUAUAAACUCAUCGGUCCAUUAAUUGCAAAAGUAGAAGGACUUGUUUUUAAUACAAAUACAUCUCAAUCACCUAAAAUGAAAGCUUAUUAUGCUUAUUGGGAAAGACAAAUAUUUUCAGCUUUAUCCGACCUUGUUAUGGAAAAUUUAAAAUCAUUACGUGAUGCAUUACAGAAUGGUUCUAAACCAUUAUUUCAAGUUGAUACUUUACUUGUUGUACCAACUGUAGCUAUGCAACCAAAUCAAAAUGAAAUUAUUAAAUUAUUUAGUCAAUCAAUGCGAGAUUGUGUUGAAGUGUAA